AUGCCAUACCAUACCAACCAGAUUGAAACUAUGCCAUACCAUACCAACCAGAUUGAAACUAUGCCAUAUCAUACCAACCAGAUUGAAACUAUGCCAUACCAUACCAACCAGAAUGAAACCCUACCACACCAUACCAACCAGAUUGAAACCAUACCACACCAUACCAAUCAGAUUGAAACCAUACCACACCAUACCAACCAGAUUGAAACCAUACCAACCAGAUUGAAGCCAUACUACACCAUACCAACCAGAUUGAAACCAUACUACACCAUGCCAACCAGAUUGAAACCAUACUACACCAUACCAACCAGACUGAAACCAUAUCACACCAUGCCAACCAGACUGAAACCAUACCACACCAUGCCAACCAGACUGAAACCAUACCACACCAUGCCAACCAGACUGAAACCAUACCACACCAUGCCAACCAGACUGAAACCAUACCACACCAUGCCAACCAGACUGAAACCAUACCACACCAUAACAACCAGAUUGAAACCAUUCCAUACCAACCAAAUUGAAACAAAAUUUUGA